CAAUAUUUGCGCCACAGCCAAUGCACCAAAUGCACCAUUCCUCAUUCUAUCAAGUUACCCUGUCCCGUCGCUUUCAGAUGAAAUCCUCGCAAUGUCGAUUGUGCAACGGACCCUCAGAUCCCCCGUUGUUCCCUGGCCCUGAACAGUUGAAACGUCAUGUCUUAGCCGCAUGAUCCAACCUGCACUUCUGCGCUGGCUCAAGUGUCAUCCGAACUUUUUGCAAUCUCGAGAUCGCAUAUGCUUCCACCGCCGCCGAUCUCGUCCAUCCGGUCCCUCCAUAUCUGGAUAUCCCUCACACCUUGGUUCGGGGCUUGCUGACAGCGCUGACAGGCACCAACAGUACCAAACUGCUGCCCCAUGCAACAUGCCCAACCCACCAUCUCGCUGCCGUCCGUCCCUGUCCGUGCGCAUCUUCGUUAUUGCCCAAGCAUAAGAAUUGCCGAAGCUAUAUCUUCAGGGGGAACCGAACUUCAGCUUCCUCUCCCCAAGAAGUUCUUGGCCCAACCGAAACAACGUCACAUCGGUUCCCGUCUCUGCCAUUUGACAGAUACCUCUCGGUCAACCAAGAAGCUGUCAAACCACUCCGUCGGGACUUGA